GAUGACGUCAAUUUUACACGCCGGGAAGAAGCUAGCGUGCGGAGUUUUCUCGGUGCGGUUUUUCUUCUGCGUGUCCGGACACUAUGAAGGAAACGCCGCUCUCCAACUGCGAGCGCCGCUUCCUUCUCCGCGCCAUUGAGGAGAAGAAGCGGCUGGAUGGCAGACAAACCUAUGAUUACAGGAACAUCAGGAUCUCAUUCGGAACAGAUUAUGGAUGCUGUAUUGUAGAACUUGGGAAAACAAGAGUUCUCGGGCAGGUUUCCUGUGAACUUGUUUCUCCAAAACUCAAUAGGGCAACAGAAGGUAUUCUGUUUUUUAACCUUGAACUUUCUCAGAUGGCUGCUCCAGCUUUUGAACCUGGCAGGCAGUCAGAUCUCUUGGUGAAGCUAAAUCGACUCUUGGAAAGGUGUCUAAGAAAUUCAAAGUGUAUAGACACUGAAUCUCUUUGUGUUGUUGCUGGUGAAAAGGUUUGGCAGAUCCGUGUAGACCUCCACUUAUUAAAUCAUGAUGGGAAUAUUAUUGAUGCUGCCAGCAUGGCUGCAAUCGUAGCCUUGUGUCACUUCCGAAGACCGGAUGUCUCUGUCCAAGGAGAGGAAGUAACACUGUAUACCCCCGAAGAGCGUGACCCUGUGCCGUUGAGCAUCCACCACAUGCCCAUCUGUGUCAGUUUUGCUUUCUUCCAGCAAGGUACAUAUUUAUUGGUGGACCCCAAUGAGCGAGAGGAACGAGUAAUGGAUGGCUUGCUGGUGAUCGCCAUGAAUAAGCAUCGAGAAAUUUGCACUAUUCAGUCUAGUGGUGGGAUAAUGCUGCUCAAAGACCAGGUUUUGAGAUGCAGUAAAAUAGCUGGUGUGAAAGUAGCAGAAAUUACAGAGCUAAUACAGAAGGCUUUGGAAAACGACCAGAAAGUUAGGAAAGAAGGUGGAAAGUUUGGCUUUGCAGAGUCGAUAGCAAACCAGAGGAUCACAGCAUUUAAAAUGGAGAAGGCCUCUGUUGAUACCUCCAACAUAGAGGAGAAAGCAGAAGAAAUUAUUGCUGAAGCUGAACCUCCUCCAGAAGUUGUUUCUAAACCUGUGCUGUGGACUCCUGGAACUGCCCAGAUUGGAGAUGGAAUAGGAAACUCUUGGGGUGACCUAGAGGAUUCUGAGAAGGAAGAGGAGGAGGAAGGUGGUAUUGAUGAAGCUGUCAUUCUUGAUGAUACAAAGAUGGACACUGGAGGAGUUAAUGAUAUUGGAAGCCAAGGUGCCCCUAUAGUGCUGUCAGAUAGUGAAGAAGAAGAAAUGAUCAUUUUGGAACCAGGCAAGAAUCCAAAGAAAAUCAGAGCUCAGACCACCAGUGCAAGAGAAAAGGCACCAAGUAAAAGUCAAGGGAAAAGGAGGAGGAGGAAGAGAACUGCUAAUUGAAGCUACAGUGGUAUUUUGUAUGUAUAUACUACUAAAAGGAUAUUUAUUCAGUGCUGUAACAGCCCUGGGUAUGUUUUCAUUUGAAAAGCCAUUAUAAGAGCUGAACUUUGAUAAGUUGUUUUGUCUUUAAUAUUAUGCUUGGACUAAACUUUCUGUACAACUUUUCUGUUGCACAAAAUUUUCUAACCCCUGUUAUUUGUAAAAGUUGACAAAUAAAAUAUUUUAGUAAACUAC